UCACAAACUCUUCUUUUUUCUCACUAGUCUUUUGAGUGGACCCCACUUCACUAUCCCCCUGGUAUUUGACCCACCCAACUAUAGUCACCUAUCUCACCACACCGCUACCUCAAAAGGGCAAAAAACAAACUGUAAAACCAAUAAAUUCAGUGUUCAGUUAUUGAAAGAGAGAGAAAGAGGAAAAAACAGUGAAACCUCUAAAGACUCAAAACUAAACUUUCAAGAAUUACCAGUCAGGGUAUUUUGUCUAAAUGCAGACUAGGUAUAUGGAGAGGACAAAAUCUAUGAAGAGGAGCUUGGAGGGUGAUGAGGAGCAGCAGCCUGAGCGUAAAAGGCCUGCUUUAGCUAGUGUAAUUGUGGAAGCUCUCAAGGUGGAUAGCCUUCAAAGGCUCUGCUCAUCGUUGGAACCGAUUCUUCGGAGAGUUGUUAGUGAAGAGGUGGAACGAGCGUUGGCUAAAUUAGGACCUGCCAGAGUUGCUGGAAGGUCAUCUCCUAAGAGAAUUGAAGGGUCCGAUGGAAGAAACUUGCAGCUUCAGUUCAGGUCUAGGCUAUCUUUGCCUCUGUUCACUGGAGGCAAAGUAGAAGGGGAGCAUGGUGCUGCUAUCCAUGUUGUGUUGAUUGAUGCAGAUACUGGCCAUCUUGUGACUACUGGAGCUGAAUCAUGUAUAAAACUGGAUGUUGUUGUGCUAGAAGGUGAUUUCAACACUGAAGAUGAUGAAGGAUGGACGCAAGAAGAAUUUGACAGUCAUGUUGUUAAAGAGCGUGAAGGAAAGAGACCUCUUUUAACCGGUGAGUUGCAAGUUACACUCAAGGAAGGCGUUGGAACUUUAGGGGAUCUCACAUUUACAGAUAAUUCAAGUUGGAUAAGGAGCAGGAAAUUUAGACUUGGCAUGAAAGUUGCUUCUGGAUAUUGUGAAGGCGUACGCAUACGAGAAGCAAAGACUGAGGCUUUCACUGUUAAAGAUCACCGUGGAGAAUUGUACAAGAAACAUUAUCCACCAGCUCUAAAUGAUGAUGUCUGGAGAUUGGAGAAGAUAGGCAAGGAUGGUUCCUUCCACAAGAGGUUAAAUAAGGCUGAGAUAUUUACUGUCGAAGACUUCCUUAGGCUUGUGGUUAGAGACCCGCAGAAACUACGGAAUAUCCUUGGAAGCGGUAUGUCAAAUAAGAUGUGGGAUGCUCUAAUAGAGCAUGCAAAGACUUGUGUCUUGAGUGGGAAGCUUUAUGUUUAUUAUUCUGAUGAUUCAAGAAAUGUGGGUGUUGUUUUCAACAAUAUUUAUGAGCUGAAUGGCCUUAUAGCUGGUGAACAAUACUAUUCGGCAGAUUCACUUUCAGACAGCCAGAAGGUAUAUGUAGAUUCAUUGGUCAAGAAAGCGUAUGAUAAUUGGAAUCAAGUUGUUGAAUAUGAUGGCAAGUCAUUUUUGAAUAUUAAGCAAAAUCAAAAAGCAAGCUCUUCGAGGAACGAGCUUGCUGUUGGGCCAGUGGAUUAUCCCAACAACGUGGUUAAUCAGCUUCCACAAUCACGACUUCCUGUUUCAGUCCAAUCUGAGCAAUCUGCUAUGGACCCCAACUUGCUAAUUGGAGUUUCAGGUUAUAAUGACAGCAUGGUUGCUAGAAUGCCUAACCAAAGUCCGAUGAUGAAUUCUAAUUCCCGCUCACAGUUCGAGAGCACUCCAUUUGCUCCUCAGCAGCAAAUAACCAACACUCAUCAGCUCCAAAGUACGAGCUAUGACAACAAUGUUGGCCUGGCUCUUGGUCCUCCGCAAUCAUCUUCAUUCCAGACAAUGACCUCAUCUCUCCCACAAACCAAUCUUAAUCCUUUCGAGGACUGGUCACACAACAGGGACAAGGGAGUGGACGAGUUCUUGUCUGAGGAGGAAAUUCGAAUGAGAAGCCACGAAAUUCUUGAGAAUGAUGAUAUGCAACACUUGCUGAGACUCUUCAGCAUGGGAGGUGGCCUUGGCUCUGUCAAUGUGUCUGAAGACGGAUAUGGCUUCCCAUCUUUCAUGCCUUCACCAUCUCCUACUUUUGGUUAUGAUGAGGACCCCAAACGUUCAGGAAAAGCUGUUGUGGGUUGGCUGAAAAUUAAGGCUGCAAUGAGAUGGGGAUUCUUUGUGCGGAAGAAGGCAGCUGAGAGGCGGGCACAGAUUGUGGAACUGGAUGAUGAAUAAAAUAUAGCGCUUCGAGGCUUAACCACCGACCAUUUGAAGAACUAUUCACUAGGCCGUGGUGAUGCAGGUCCGAGUAAUUAGCUACACAGGAGUUUAUUUCCGAGGGAUUAGUGAAUUCGUUUUCAUUCUCUUUGCGUCAAAUAGUUUUUCAUGUACAGAAGCCUGUACAGUAAGUUCACUUUUAAUGCUCUCAUUGUUAACUCAAUUUGUGCUCUCUUUAUCUGUUUCAAGAUGUAAUGUAUUAGUCUGCAGACCCGAAGGGAAAUAUACUUUCAAAGAACUCGUGGCCCUCCUGUGUGUUGAAUUCUAUAGGAACUUUUAUGAUAAACAGGAUGCUGAUUGGCUUUUGCAA